AUGAGUCCCUCUGGUCUCGGCUUCGACGUUGUUGUCGCCAACCCGCCCUACCUCACCCGUGCGCAGGCUGAAGAAUUGCUGGGGCCGCGGCUCCAGGCCAAAGAGCCUUGGCAGGCCUUCGUUUUCCAGCGAACGGCCAAAGUGAUGGCCGCGCUUGGUGGUCACAAGGGUCAUGUCGACGGCGCAAUCGCUGCAUACUCCGUCCUCCUCAUGGCCUUGGACGCUGCCCACACGUCUGGCUACGACUUGCUGGAGGAGGGCGGCCUACUGGUCCUCGAGGUCCCCGCCGCCUUGGAGGCCUCGGUCCCACGAGCUCUGGCGCACGCCAAGGCUCUGCAGGCUCCGCCGCCAAAGCCCCCGGGCCCUUCGCGCCAUUGCCCUGUUUGCUGCAAGGACGCUGUGGGCAUGCUUUGGCGGCUCUUCGGCCGAGGUUCCAGCAAGUCUGACAGCCCUCCACCGGAUCUCCUCGGGUCCUUGAAAUUGGAAGAGAGGCGUGGGCUGGCAAGCUUGCGUCGUUCAACAGGGCUCCCUUGCAUAAAAGAGGGCAGCGGGCUUGACCUCACCUAA